UCUCCUUCCGGCGCGUUUACGUCACCUCCGGCAGAGGACCCGGAAGUUGGAAUGGUUGAGGUGUCGCUAUGCGCUCGGGCGGCGCCGGGCCGAGGCCGAGCCGGGCCAGGACCCGUAGAAACUUGAACUUUAGGUACAUCUAAUGUUGCACCCCCACUCCAAAAAAGAAAACCCCAAAACCUGGAAGUCAUUUGAGUUAUAACUUGAUUCGCAGUCGUUUGGCGCUUCCUUUUCUGAGUUUUUCAUGUGGUGUUGCUGUGCAGUGUCACAGCUGCUGUGUUCCAUCCCAGAGACAGCUGCAUUUCGAUGGAUCAGCAUCUCAUGUUUGUUUCCUGCUUCCUGGCACUUCAGCAUCUCCCCAGUGGGAUGUCCUCGCAUACUGAACACCACUUUACGACAGAUUGUUGUUAUUGGUAUACUCACUGCUGCUGUCUCCUUGCUGUAUUACUCCCUUGUUGUUAUCCGGAAUAAAUAUGGGCGUGCAUACCGGGAUAAGAAGUUUCACAGGUAUCUUGCUCGAGUAACAGACACUGAAGCUACCGAUAUCAGCAACCCCAAUCUGAACUAUGGCAUUGUGGUAGACUGUGGCAGCAGCGGAUCUAGAAUUUUUGUGUACUGUUGGCCAAGACACAAUGGCAACCCUCACGAUUUGCUGGAUAUCAAACAAAUGAGGGACAAAGACAGAAAACCAGUGGUUAUGAAAAUUAAACCAGGCAUUUCAGAGUUUGCUAACUCUCCGGAAAAAGUCAGUGAUUAUAUUUCUCCGCUUCUGAGCUUUGCUGCAGAGCACGUACCCUGGGCAAAACACAAAGAGACUCCUCUCUAUAUCCUCUGUACAGCAGGAAUGAGAAUCCUGCCAGAAAGUCAGCAAAAGGCAAUACUAGACGAUCUGCUCACUGAUAUUCCUGUGCGUUUUGAUUUUCUGUUUUCGGACUCGCAUGCAGAAGUUAUAUCUGGGAAACAGGAAGGUGUAUAUGCAUGGAUUGGCAUCAAUUUUGUCCUUGGACGAUUUGAGCAUAUUGAUGAUGAGGAUGAUGCAGUUGUAGAGGUGCAUAUCCCUGGCAGUGAAAACAAGGAAGCCAUCAUUCGUAAGAGGACAGUGGGUAUUCUCGAUAUGGGUGGAGUGUCGACCCAGAUAGCAUAUGAAGUUCCUAAAACUUCGUAUGAUUCAUUACAUCACAUCCAAAGCCAGUGGGAGAGAAGACAGGAGGAAGUAGCCAAAAACUUACUUGCGGAAUUUAACUUGGGAUGUGAUGCUCAUCAGACUGAGCAUGUCUACAGAGUCUAUGUUGCGACAUUCCUUGGCUUUGGUGGAAAUGCUGCACGACAGAGAUAUGAGGACAGCAUAUUUACCAACACAGUCUUCAGAAACAAGCUUCUGGGCAAACAAACGAGUAUGACUUCUGAGUCACCCUACCUGGAUCCUUGUCUACCUCUAGAUGCUGAGGAUAAAAUCCAGCAGAAUGGGCAGACACUGUAUUUGCGAGGGACAGGAAAUUUUAAUCUGUGUCGAGAAAUUAUUCAGCCUUUCAUGAAUAAGACCAAUGAAACUCAGACUUCUUUAAAUGGUGUCUAUCAGCCUGCAGUGCACUUUCAGAACAGUGAAUUCUAUGGCUUCUCCGAGUUCUAUUACUGUACUGAGGAUGUUUUACGCAUGGGAGGAGACUACAGUGCUGCAAGAUUCAUUAAAGCUGCAAAGGAUUAUUGUGCCACUAAGUGGUCUGUCCUACGAGAACGUUUUGACCGUGGUCUUUAUGCAUCACAUGCUGAUCUUCAUAGAUUGAAGUAUCAGUGUUUUAAAUCUGCCUGGAUGUAUGAAGUCUUUCACAGUGGCUUCUCUUUUCCUGUGAACUACAGCAAUUUAAAAACUGCUCUGCAGGUGUAUGAUAAGGAGGUGCAAUGGACAUUAGGAGCCAUUCUUUACCGAACACGGUUUUUACCUCUGAGGGACAUCCAACAAGAAACCUUCAGAGGAAAUCACUCCCACUGGAGGAGCUUCUCCUUUGUUUACAAUCACUAUUUGUUCUUCGCCUGUUUCCUGAUUGUGCUGCUGUCUAUCCUGCUCUACGUACUGAGGCUGAGACGGAUUCACUGGAGAAUGCUGCGUAAUGGCUCAUCUGCUUCCCUCUGGAUUGAAGAAGGCCUCCCACCACAGAAGAUCCCAGGAGCCUUAUGAGAUGGUGCAAUGAAGAGCCUCCUAUCAGACUAUUUAAAGAAAAAAGCCAUUUUUGCCUCAGGGUUUCUCUGUUUUGUCUCUAAGAAACCAUUCGAGAAACAGAUCUCCUAACGGUGAAUUCAGCAAGACAAUUUUUGAAAGGGACUUAACUGCUGGAAAGGAGGAGUCAACUUGGCUUAGUUUGACUAGAGAGCAUCUGCCAAAAAUACUUUUUAAAAUUUUUCAUUUUAAAAGUAAAUGCACUUUCAUGUUAAGUGAGAGGAGUGAAGACUUAAUGCCAGUAAACGGACAGAGGCAGCUUAAGCUAUAUGUAUGGUAACAGAAUGAUUGCGGGUUCCUAUUUCAGUAAGACUGUGAAAUAUUGCUAGUUAGGAUGAAUGGAGAUUAUAUACAUUUUCUUUGUUCAGGUCCAUGAUUGAUAUUUCACCAGGCUUCCAAAUUCCAAGCCUCUUCAGUAAAGGAAAAGGAAGGGUAGGGUCUUUUAAAAGCAGUAACAAAGUGACCUGCUAAAACAUCAGCUUUUCACACUUUAUAUUUUUAAGUACUUCAGUGGAAGAAAAAGCCGUUGUGACUAAUGCUGUGUUUCUGCAGAUCACCAGUAAAUUCAUUGUUCCGUGUGUCCUUGACAAUCUUCUUAAUGUCUUGGAAGCUGUAAUCUUGAAGUGGCAGAAGUCACUGCUUGUAGCCUUUCACUUGACAGUGUUUUGGUCAUGGUCCAGAAAUCUCAAAACUCUCUAAAGGUAGAAAAAGCUGGAAAAAUGUCCAGAUUUCAGCUACCAAUAGAGCAAACACAUGCACAUUGUCUUUUGUUGUUUUUUCCGGGUUUUCUUACUUGUUAAUUUAUAUUUUAUUUAAAAAAAAAAGGUAGUUUUACUUGAAAGCCAACUUGUUCCUGAUUAAAAGUGGCAUUUAUAUGAA